CCUCACUCCGCCUCUCUCUCUCUCUCUCUCUCUCUCUUAGUCUUCUCCAUCGUCUCUGACGAGCGAGCGACAAACCCUAGGGUUUCUGUGUUUUUGAGCUCAUCGUCAUCCAUGGCGCUCUCGGUGGAGAAGACGUCGUCGGGGCGCGAGUACAAGGUGAAGGACCUCUCCCAGGCCGACUUCGGGCGCCUGGAGAUCGAGCUCGCGGAGGUGGAGAUGCCGGGGCUCAUGGCGUGCCGUGCCGAGUUCGGCUCCGCGCAGCCCUUCAAGGGCGCCCGCAUCUCCGGCUCCCUCCACAUGACCAUCCAAACCGCCGUGCUCAUCGAGACCCUCACCGCGCUCGGCGCCGAGGUGCGCUGGUGCUCCUGCAACAUCUUCUCGACCCAGGACCACGCCGCCGCGGCCAUCGCCCGCGACUCCGCCGCCGUGUUCGCGUGGAAGGGCGAGACCCUGCAGGAGUACUGGUGGUGCACGGAGCGGUGCCUCGACUGGGGCGCCGGGGGCGGCCCCGACCUCAUCGUCGACGACGGGGGCGACGCCACGCUGCUGAUCCACGAGGGGGUGAGGGCCGAGGAGGAGUACGAGAAAUCGGGGAAGCUCCCCGAUCCGGAGUCCACCGACAACGCCGAGUUCAAGAUCGUGCUGGGGCUCAUCAGGGACGGGCUCAAGGCGGAUCCGAGCAAGUACCGGAAGAUGAAGGAGCGCCUCGUCGGCGUGUCGGAGGAGACGACCACCGGGGUGAAGAGGCUCUACCAGAUGCAGGCGAGCGGGACCCUGCUGUUCCCCGCCAUCAACGUCAAUGAUUCCGUCACCAAGAGCAAGUUCGACAACCUCUAUGGGUGCCGCCACUCUCUUCCUGAUGGCCUGAUGAGGGCGACCGACGUGAUGAUCGCCGGGAAGGCUGCUGUGGUCUGCGGCUAUGGUGAUGUUGGCAAGGGCUGUGCUGCUGCCUUGAAGCAGGCUGGGGCCCGUGUGAUCGUCACUGAGAUUGACCCCAUAUGCGCCCUCCAAGCCCUGAUGGAGGGCAUCCCCGUGCUCACUUUGGAGGAUGUCGUCUCCACGGCCGAUAUCUUCGUCACCACCACGGGCAACAAGGACAUCAUCAUGGUGGACCACAUGAAGCAGAUGAAGAAUAAUGCUAUUGUUUGCAAUAUUGGGCACUUCGAUAAUGAGAUCGACAUGCACGGGUUGGAGACCUACCCAGGUGUUAAGCGCAUCACCAUCAAGCCACAGACUGAUCGGUGGGUUUUCCCCGAGACCAAUUCUGGGAUUAUUGUUCUUGCUGAGGGGCGGCUCAUGAACCUUGGGUGUGCAACAGGUCACCCCAGCUUCGUCAUGUCCUGCUCCUUCACUAACCAGGUGAUUGCUCAGCUGGAGCUGUGGAAGGAGAGAAAGAGCGGCAAGUAUGAAAAGAAGGUGUAUGUCCUUCCGAAGCAUCUCGACGAGAAGGUCGCAGCCCUCCACCUGGGCAAGCUUGGCGCCAAGCUAACCAAGCUCUCCCCGUCCCAGGCCGAGUACAUCAGCGUCCCAAUCGAGGGCCCCUACAAGCCCCCUCACUACAGGUACUAAACCCUAAUAUUAUGCCCAAGAGAGGAGGUAUACUUAUCGAAAACUGCGGCAUCAACUUGUUCAUCACUCCCUCUUUUUCCCUUUUAAUUAUUGUUAUUGUUAUGCCUUUAGGAUAAGUGUUGUUCUGCAUGUUUUUGUGUUUCAAUGGCGAGGAGAUGAGUUAUCAGUAUUCAGUUUGGAAGGAAUAAUGAGUGUGGGUUGUGACUGUGAGGAGGGGGUGUUUUAUGGCCAGAUACUUUUUUGUGUCUUUGGCGCUCGCUCCUUUUCCUAUUAUUUUGCAAUGCAAUCAAUUGAUCUCCGAUUUAAUCA